AUGUAUUCCGGAAUAUCAUCCCAGCAGCAGCAACAGGCUGAUCAGUCUAUUCCUUCUUCAACAGCGCCUCAGUCUACUGGUGCAUUUAAUUCUAGACGCCGGACUCUUUUCAGUGGCUUGAAUAAUGCACCAGCAACUACUAAUACAAACUCAUUACCAGCAAACGACUUCAGACACCAGCUUAGCGGAGCUAGUCGAUUAUCUCAACCCUCAACACAGACACAACCUUUAGGACAAACACAAAUUCCUCAAACUCGAGAAGUUACAGAUGAUCAGAAGCAAGAAAUUCGCGAGGCUUUUGACGUUUUCGAUAGCGAUAAUGAUAACUACUUGGAUUUUCAUGAAUUUAAGGUCGCUAUGCGUGCUUUAGGGUUUGAACAUACGAAAGACGAAGUUCUUAAAAUACUUGCAGAUUUACAUCCAACAAACAAUGCGAACAGCAAUUCGUCUAAAAGUAACCCUGCGCUAAACCCCAAGACUCUGUUAACACAAGCCAUCAGCUUUGAGGAGUUUAUGCGUCUUAUGUCACAAAAAAUAUCACAAAGAGAUCCCCUUGAGGAAAUACGGCGGGCAUUUCGAUUGUUUGACGUUGAUCGCACUGGCCGUAUAGGCUUUGCUGAUCUUAAGCGUGUAGCCCAAGAAUUAGGUGAAAACCUUGAUGAUGAUGAAUUACGAGCAAUGAUUGAUGAAUUUGAUUUUGACCAGGACGGUGAAAUAAGUGAAGCCGAGUUUAUUGCUAUCUGCACUGAACACUAA